AAGGUUGAUCAUCGACCAAAACCAUCGUCUUGGUGUUUUCAGAGAUGGGUUUAGUCAACGGGAGAGCUUCGUUGACCUUUCUCCUCGCGGCGUUGACCAUCAUCGCGAUGGUCGUUGACGCGAGGUUUGUGGUGGAGAAAGAAAGCAUAAGCGUACUGAAUCCAGAGGAGAUGAGGUCGAAGCGUGAUGGUUCGAUAGCCAACUUCGGGUUACCCGAUUACGGCGGGUUUUUAAUCGGGGCAGUGGUUUAUCCGGAUAGUAAAACCGAUGGAUGCUCUGAUUUUGGUAAAACCUUCAAGCCCAAGUUUCCUCGUCCCACUAUUCUGCUUCUUGAUCGUGGAGGUUGCUACUUUGCCUUGAAAGCGUGGCACGCGCAACAAGCAGGCGCCGCGGCAGUUCUUGUGGCGGAUAAUGUAGACGAGCCAUUGUUGACAAUGGAUUCACCAGAGGAGAGCAAAGACGCGGAUGGGUUUAUAGAGAAGCUAACUAUCCCAUCGGUUUUAAUCGACAAAUCGUUCGGAGAUGACUUAAGAAAAGGGUUUCAGAAAGGGAAAAACAUAGUCUUGAAACUAGAUUGGAGAGAAUCUGUUCCUCAUCCUGAUCAGAGAGUAGAAUAUGAGCUGUGGACUAAUAGCAACGACGAGUGUGGUGCACGGUGCGAUGAACAAAUGGAUUUUGUCAAGAACUUUAAGGGUCAUGCUCAGAUACUCGAAAAAGGCGGUUAUACCGCGUUUACGCCACAUUAUAUCACUUGGUUUUGCCCUUUUCAGUUUAUAAACAGUCCACAUUGUAAGUCUCAGUGUAUAAACCAUGGGAGGUAUUGUGCUCCUGACCCUGAGAAUAAUUUCAGAGAAGGUUAUGAAGGCAAAGAUGUUGUGCUUGAGAAUCUGAGACAACUUUGUGUGCAUAGAGUUGCGAAUGAGAGUAGCCGGCCUUGGGUUUGGUGGGAUUAUGUUACCGAUUUUCAUUCGCGAUGUUCAAUGAAGGAGAAGAAAUUUAGCAUAGAAUGUGCUGAGAGCAUCAUCAAAUCUCUGAAUUUACCUAUUGAGAAGAUCAAGAAAUGCAUUGGUGAUCCUGAGGCUGAUACCGAGAACCAAGUUCUGAGAAUCGAGCAAGUAUCCCAGAUUGGCCGAGGUAACCGGGGAGAUGUUACAAUAUUGCCAACAUUAGUCAUCAAUAACGCCCAAUAUCGAGGGAGAUUGGAGAGAACCGCUGUUCUAAAGGCGAUAUGCGCUGGAUUCAACGAAACAUCAGAGCCUCCCAUUUGCUUAAACACAGGUCUAGAGACAAAUGAGUGCCUUGAAAACAAUGGUGGUUGCUGGCAGGACACAAAAUCAAACAUAACCGCUUGUCAAGACACAUUCAGAGGAAGACUCUGCGAGUGUCCGGUUGUAAAAGGUGUUCAAUAUAAAGGCGACGGGUACACUUCAUGUACACCUUAUGGGCCUGCGAGGUGUACAAUGAACAAUGGAGGUUGCUGGUCUGACACAAGAAAUGGCUUAACUUUUUCUGCUUGCUCAGACUCUGUGUCUACUGGCUGCAAAUGUCCUGAAGGUUUCAAAGGCGACGGUUUCACGUGUGAAGAUAUUAACGAAUGUAAAGAGCGUUCGGUCUGUCAAUGUAGCGGUUGCAGAUGCAAGAACUCAUGGGGUGGAUACAAAUGCAGUUGUUCUGGCGACCGGCUUUACAUAAACGAUCAAGAUACUUGUAUAGAGAGAUAUGGAUCCAAAACAGCACGGUGGCUCACACUCUUGAUCCUAGCUAUCGUCGCAGUAGCCGGAUUAGCUGGUUAUCUAUUCUACAAAUACCGGUUCAGGUCUUACAUGGACUCGGAGAUUAUGACGAUUAUGUCACAGUAUAUGCCACUUGAGAGCCAAAGAGCUCGUGAAGUUCCAUCAGAAGCUGAGCCUUUUACACUCUAAUGACCAAAGUAACCGAAAACUGUCUUUGUAGAUUUCAGGAACAGAAUCAUAUAGUUCCUACACAAAGAAAUGUUUGAGAUCAAUUAAUGUACAUAUGAAUUAUACUGUAAAAAUAAAAGAGUGAGAUAGAGUUGUGUAUAUUGUCCUGGCAAAAAUAAAUCUACAUUGAAUGU